CUAACUGCAUUUAUGUUAAUUUUGUUUGGGUUUCAAGUUUCCUAUCAAGGAAUGACCAAUUUUCGUCUGGAGGAGGAAGAACUGAAGACUGAAAGAUGCGCAUCUGCAUGGUAUCGGACUUCUUCUACCCCAGCAUCGGCGGGGUGGAGGAGCACGUGUACAAUCUCUCACAAAUGCUGCUCCGGCAGGGCCACAAGGUUGUGGUGCUGACCCACGCCUAUGGAGACUGCAGUGGCGUCCGCUAUAUAACCGGCGGCAUGAAGGUCUACUAUUUGCCUAUUAAAGUCUGCUAUAACCAGUGCAUCCUGCCCACUGCCGUCUGCAAUGUGCCCAUGUUAAGGGCGGUGCUGCUGCGGGAGCGCAUUGACGUGGUCCACGGGCACUCGGCCUUUAGCGCUUUGGCCCACGAAGCGCUCAUGGUGGGCUCCCUGCUGGGCUUAAAGACCGUCUUCACCGAUCACAGUUUGUUUGGCUUCGCGGAUCUCUCGGCUGCAUUAACCAACAACCUGCUGGAAGUCAACCUGAGUAUGGUCAACCAUGCCAUAUGUGUGUCCCACAUCGGCAAGGAGAACACGGUUCUAAGGGCUCGAGUGGCCAAGCAUCGUGUGUCGGUCAUUCCCAAUGCCGUGGAUACUGCCCUGUUCACCCCCGAUCCCCAGCAGCGGCCCAGCAAUGGCACGAUUAAUAUUGUGGUGGCCUCGCGCCUCGUCUACCGGAAAGGCAUCGAUCUACUGGCCGGCAUUAUUCCGCGCUUCAAGAACAUUCCCUAUGUGCACUUUAUUAUUGUGGGCGAUGGCCCAAAGCGGGAUCUUCUGGAGGAGAUUCGCGAGAAGACCAACAUGCAGGAUAGAGUGGAAAUGGUUGGCGCUGUGGAGCAUGCCCAAGUGCGCGACCACCUGGUGCGUGGUCAUAUUUUCGUAAAUACUUCCCUGACGGAGGCCUACUGCAUGGCCAUUGUUGAGGCAGCAGCCUGCGGCCUUCAGGUGGUCUCCACCAGUGUGGGUGGCAUUCCAGAGGUUCUGCCCAAGAGCUUAAUACUGCUGGCAGAGCCGGAAAUUGAUGCCAUAUACACGGGCAUUUUGGUGGCCAUCGAAAGGCAUUUGAGAUGCUCCUUUAAAGUAAAUCCCCCGGCGACGGCAGGAACAGUCAAUGGUCACGUGCCAACGGAGGCGAAUGGAAGAGGAAAGCGGCGACGAAACAAGGCGAACAAGGCGACUCCCACACCCCAACUGCCGCAACCGGUCUUGGAUCAGAAGAGCCACACCAAGCCAGUUCUUUGCCCCUACAGAUGCAACGAGCUGGUGGAGACGCUCUACAACUGGGAGGAUGUGGCUUUACGCACAGUUAAGGUCUACGAUCGCGUCCUGCAGGAGCGCUCCUUUACCACCAGCGAGCUGGUGUAUGCAGUGUGGCAGCACGGCUCCUGGUUCUUGGUCUUCUUUGUGGUGGCCCACUUCAUGAUGCGCCUGCUGGAGGCUUGGCGACCGCGAAGUCGCGUGGAGCCGGCCCAGGAUAUGCCACGUUCGCCUAGCUAGCGAUACCAAAACGGAUACCAUUCCUACUCCAACAACUAGCCAAAGUCGUGAGCGUUUUCCUUUGCUGUCAUUUCGACGGGAGUUUAUUUAUUGCCCACUUAGAAUAAUACACUGUCAUCCUAAAAUCACA